AUGCCGGAAACUACUGAGAAUGCGCCCGUUGCGCCUGUUGCGCCUGUUGCGCCCGUUGUUCCUGAGAAGCCCAAAGAAACCGUCGAAGUAGUGGAUAAGCCGGUGGAAACUCCCGCGACUGCUGCCGAAAACACCGAACAGACUGCACCCAAAGAUGAACCUGCCAGUGACCCAGUCAAUGAGGACGUAGCUUCAAAUGGGGCUACUGCCGCCACCACUGCCGCUACAGAGCCCGAAGCGGCAAAGCCCGAAGAACCCAAGGUUGAGAAGCCAGCCUACCUGAGCAAGAACCCGGCGUUGGGCGAGUUGUUCAACCGCCUGCCAACCAUCCUCGGAAACAUUGGUCACACUGAGAUGUGGGGAGUGCCACUCAAGGAUAGCGACGAUAUUCCCACCGUCAACGUGCUGAUUAAGUUCCUGCGCGCAAACGAAGGCAAUGCUAAAGCCGCCGAGACCCAGCUCAGCAAGGCACUUCAGUGGCGCAAGGAAGUGAACCCGCUAGCACUAGCAGAGUCCGCGAAAUACAGCGCCGCCAAAUUUGGAGGCUUGGGAUACCUGACCACCUAUGAAGAGAAUGGACGGCCCUUGGUGUUUACUUGGAACAUCUACGGAGCCGUGAAGGAUAUCAGUGCGACAUUUGCGGAUACUGAUGAAUUCGUCCAAUGGCGUGCCGCUCUCAUGGAACUCGCUGUGCAGGACCUGAAGAUGAAGGAUGCCACCGAGGUCAUCGAGUAUGAUGGCGAGGAUCCCUACCAGAUGAUCCAAGUGCAUGAUUACCUGAAUGUCAAGUUCUUCCGUAUGGAUCCAUCUGUCCGUGCCGCAACAAAGAAGGUCAUCGAAGUGUUCGCUACGGCAUACCCAGAGCUCCUGAGUGAGAAGUUCUUCGUCAACGUUCCCGCUAUCAUGGGCUGGAUGUUCACCGCCAUGAAGUUUAUCCUGAGCCGGAACACCACACGCAAGUUCCACCCAAUCACGAACGGCGCCAACCUGGCUCGAGAGUUCUCUGCUUCGAUUGCCGAAAAAAUCCCCAAAGUCUAUGGUGGCAAGGGCCCGGAGCUGAAGGAGAAUGCUAGGUUCAUCCCACUGGUCGAAGAGAAGGAACAGGAGACUAAGGACAAGGGCAAGUCUCCCGAGCAGCCUACUGUUGCUGAGCCUACGAAGGAGGCGGCGGAGGAGGCGCCAUCGAAGGAAGAAACUCCUAAGGUGGAGGCAGCCCAGGAGGAGACUGCUAAGGAGCCCACCAAAGCAGAUGCUCCCAAGGCUGAGUCUCUGAAGGAAGAAUCUGCGAAGGAUGGAGCCCAGUAG